GCUCCGGCGCCCUUCCCGCUUUUUUUUUUCUUUCUUCUUUUUUUUUUUGCUCGCUUCCCUUCCCUUCUCCUUCCACUUUUGCUCGCUCCUCACACCCAGCUCGGUACCUUCCCGGGGCAGAGCCAUUGGCCGAAUUCCUCAGUUGGCUGAGCCGCCCAGGCAGGAGGACUCUCUGGCAGCGACAGCAAAGGGGAGGAAAAGGAAAGGGAAGCGGGGCCGAGCCGUUCCACCCCCACCCCCCCUUCACCCUCCUCCGACAGCCCGUCCGCUCUGCUUGGGGGCGGAUGGAGCGGCGUUUGCGCCGGGCGAAAACCGGCCGCUCCUUCCAGCAGCAGCGAAAAAAGAUGGGUCCGUCUCGCCCCGCCGCCUUCCCUCCCCGACGGGCUGUCGGCCCGGCGCCGCGAAUGGAGAGACUGAGCGCGCUCUGCCUCUGCCUCUGGAUCGGCGUCGUCUCGGAAGCAGAUAUGGUUAGUGGCUAUUCUAUGACACCACCCAUUCUCAGCAUCACAGAAGAGGAGUAUAUCAUCAAUGUUAAGGAGACCUUAAAUAUUACUUGCAGAGGACAGCAUCCUUUGGAAUGGUUGUGGCCUGGCAUUCAAGAAGACACUGUGCAAACGGGAAAGGAGGGUGACUCAGAGAUAGUGAGCGUUAACGGCAUCCGAACAGUCAAGGAAGAAGAUUGUGAGGGCACUGAUGCAAAGCCCUAUUGCAAAGCCUUGACCCUGACUGGGACUCAGGCCAACGACACAGGUUACUACCGCUGUCACUACAAAUACAUCAAUGCCAAAAUAGAAGGCACCACUGCUGUCAGCACCUACGUGUUUGUGAGAGAUUUUGAACAGCCAUUCAUUAAUAAACCGGAGACUCUUCUUAUCUACAAGAAGGAAAAUAUAUGUGUCCCAUGCCUGGUAUCCAUUCCAGAUCUUAACAUCACUUUGUUGUUGACAACUUCGGUCAUCUAUCCUGAUGGAAAGAACAUUCUCUGGGACAACAAACAAGGAAUGCUGGUCCCCACUCUCCUGAUCAAGGAUUCCUGGUAUGUUCAGUGUGAAACUCUCAUUGAUAAGAAACCCUUCAAAUCUAGUUUCUUCAUUGUCCACAUUGCAGGCAAUGAGCUUUAUGAUAUUCAGCUGUUUCCAAGGAAGGCCAUGGAGCUAUUGGUGGGAGAAAAACUAGUUAUCAACUGCACAGUAUGGGCUGAAUUUGAUUCAGGAGUUAAUUUCCAGUGGGACUACCCUGCAAAACAAAUGAACCGGAAAGUCAUAGAACUGCCUGAAAGGCGGUCCCAGCAAACCCAUACUGAACUCUCCAGCAUUUUGGUCAUCCAAAAUGUGAGCCAACAGGACCUGGGAAAAUAUACAUGCAAGGCUAACAAUGGGGAGCAGAACUUGAAGGAGAGCAUAGAUGUCAUCGUGCAUGAGAAGCCAUUUAUCUACGUGGAAAGGAAAAAGGGCCCAGUGAUAGAAGCAACAGUGGGAGACGAAAUUGUGAAACUACCAGUAAAAGUGGUUGCUUAUCCCCAGCCUGAGUUCCAGUGGUUUAAGGAUGGAAAGUUAAUUUCCAACAGGCAAUCUCAAUAUUCCCUCCAGAUCAAGGAUGUGGCAGAGCAAAACUCUGGCUCUUAUACACUGGUCCUGAAGAAUGGGUUGGCUGGACUGGAGAAGAGCAUUAACCUUCAACUGGUAGUUAACGUUCCUCCACAAAUCCUUGAGAAAGAAGCUUCUUCACCAAACAUUUAUUCUCGUAAAAACCGUCACGUACUUACCUGCACUGUCUACGGCAUUCCAGCUCCAGAAAAGAUACAAUGGCAGUGGAGGCCUUGGACACCUUGCCGAAUGUUUCCCCAGCACAGUCUUAGACCAAGGGCUGUACAACGCCAUCAGAGAGACCGGAUGCCUGAAUGUAAGGACUGGAAGGAUGUGUCACAGAUUGAUGCUGUGAACCCCAUUGAAAGCAUUGACACCUGGACAGAGUUAGUGGAAGGAAGGAACAAGACCAUCAGCAACUUAAUUGUCCAAGAAGCCAAUGUUUCUGUUAUGUAUAAGUGUGUAGCCUCCAACAAAGUAGGUCGUGAUGAACGAUUGAUCUACUUUUAUGUAACAACCAUACCAAAUGGAUUUGAAAUUGAGUCUGAGCCUUCCGAGGAGCCCAUUGAGGGACAAGACCUGAGACUAAGUUGCAAUGCCGAUAACUAUACCUACGAAAACCUGCAGUGGUACCGGCUCAAUCUCUCAAGAUUAAAUUAUGAAGAAGGCAACCCUCUAGUCCUGGAUUGCAAGAAUGUCCACCAUUAUGCAAUGAAGCUGCAGGGUGAAUUGAAUUUCAAACCUAACUCCAAUUAUGCUGCUUUGACACUCACCAUCCCAAGUAUCUCUCUAGAAGAUGAAGGAGACUAUGUAUGUGAAGUGCAAAACAGAGAAAACAAUGAAAAACACUGCCACAAAAGAUAUAUCUCUGUACAUGCUUUAGAGAUGCCCAAGUUGAAACAGAACCUGUCAAACAUCCUGGUGAAUGUGAGUGAUUCUAUAGAGAUGCGCUGCAAGGUGGAUGGUGUGCACAUUCCAAACAUCAACUGGUAUAAAGAUGAAAAGCUGGUUGAAAAAGUCUCAGGGAUUGACUUGGCAGAUUCCAAUCAGAGGCUCAGUAUCCAAAGGGUGAGAGAAGAAGAUGCUGGUCUUUACCUUUGCAGUGUCUGCAAUGCCAAAGGUUGUGUGAAUUCCUCUGCCAGUGUUUCUGUAGAAGGCUCAGAUGACAGGACCAAUGUCGAAAUUGUAAUCUUAAUCGGAACUGGGGUUAUUGCCAUCUUCUUCUGGAUUCUCUUGAUCCUCAUCUUCUGUAAUAUCAAGAGACCUGCUCAUGCUGAUAUCAAGACAGGCUACCUUUCCAUUAUCAUGAAUCCAAAUGAAGUCCCUUUGGAAGAACAGUGUGAAUACCUGACCUAUGAUUCCAGCAAAUGGGAAUUUCCUCGGGAGAGGCUUCGAUUAGGUAAAGUCCUGGGCCAUGGGGCUUUUGGGAAAGUAAUGGAAGCCUCUGCGUUUGGAAUUAACAAAAGCAACAGCUGUGAAACUGUGGCAGUUAAAAUGCUGAAAGAGGGAGCUACUGCAAGUGAGCAUAAGGCUCUCAUGUCAGAACUGAAGAUCCUCAUUCACAUAGGAAACCAUCUGAACGUGGUAAAUCUCCUGGGAGCUUGCACCAAACCUAAUGGUCCCCUCAUGGUAAUUGUUGAAUUCUGCAAAUAUGGAAACCUCUCCAAUUAUUUGCGAACCAAACGGGAAGGAUUCAGCCCUUACGGGGAAAAAUCCCCAAGGCUGCGCAUCCAAGUUCGUUCCAUUGUGGAAGCCGUUCAAGCAGACAAAAGAAGCCGGUCUUGCACCCGUGACAGUGCAAUUCUUAACAGGCUUCUAAUGAACAAGAGUCAGACAGCAUCAUCACCACAUUUCAUACAAGAAGUGGAUGAUUUAUGGCAAAGCCCUCUGACAAUGGAAGAUCUGAUCUGCUACAGCUUUCAAGUUGCCCGUGGAAUGGAGUUUCUAGCCUCUAGAAAGUGUAUCCACAGAGACUUAGCAGCUCGGAACAUCUUAUUGUCAGAGAACAAUGUGGUGAAGAUUUGUGACUUUGGUCUGGCUCGGGAUAUCUACAAGGACCCUGACUAUGUCAGGAAGGGCAGUGCCCGUCUUCCACUCAAGUGGAUGGCUCCAGAAAGCAUCUUUGACAAAGUUUAUACUACUCAGAGUGAUGUCUGGUCCUUUGGAGUCCUAUUGUGGGAGAUAUUCUCUUUAGGAGCCUCCCCUUACCCUGGAGUACAAAUCAAUGAGGAAUUUUGCCAAAGACUAAAAGAUGGCACCAGGAUGAGAGCUCCAGAAUAUGCUACUGCAGAAAUCUACAGAAUCAUGCUGAAUUGUUGGUAUGGAGAUCCCAAAGAAAGGCCAACAUUCUCUGAUUUGGUUGAGAUUCUGGGAGAUCUUCUUCAAGAGAAUGUUCAACAGGAGGGGAAAGAUUAUAUCCCGUUAAAUGACUCUCAGAGUUCUGAAGAUGAUGGCUUCUCCCAGGUGGCUUCAUCCAUCCAGCAGAAUUCUGAUGAAGAAGAAUUUGACAUGAAGAUACACUGUCAUAAUAUAGCAGCAAGAUAUUAUAAUUGUGUAUCUUUCCCUGGCUGUUUGACUGGCGGAAAUCAAAUACGAUGUCCAUCCAGAUUAAAGACUUUUGAAGAAUUUCCUAUGACACAAACUAUGUAUAAAGCUCAUCCGGAUAAUCAGACAGACAGUGGGAUGGUUUUGGCAUCAGAGGAGUUUGAGAGGAUAGAAAACAGGCACAGAAAAGAAGGUGCAUUCAGUAGUAAAGGAUCCAACCAAAAUACAGACCCAACAGUGGAUCAAUCCAAACCAAGGGGCAGAAGUCAGCCAUUAUAUCAAUCAGAGCUCCGAGGUCAGACUUUUUAUAAUAGUGAAUAUGGGGAACUAUCAGAACAGUCUGAGGAAGGCAACUGCACUCCACCAAAUGAAGGCACCAGUCCCUCCCUCCUUCAUGCUUCGUUCUUUUCAGACCAAUGCUAAAGGGGAAGACAGUCAUGGAGACACCUUGCUGAGAUCCAGCAACUUCUUCUCUUUGUGUACCAGUGUACCCUUCAGUGAAGAUUACAUUUCUUGUCCUAGAAGAAACCACAAGGAUGAUUCUUGUGGAACAGAUGGAGAACUCCUUGGUUAGGAAGAUGGAUGCUAUGCCUUUCAACCUAAACACUUUUCUUGCCUUUGACAUGAAUGAAAAUCCUUGCUCCGAUGCUCUUUUAAGGAAGAGAUCUCAGAUGCAGCGUGUGGGAUCUGUUUUGAGAGCUUCAAUCAUUGCUCAGGAUUCAGACUCCAUUGAAAUAGUUUGCCAUAACGAGCUUUAUUUCAGGUCAGAUAAAAAUAGAUAUGUCUUAGCUGAGCAAUUUUCCUGAUGCAGUUUAGUUUGUUUCUGCUCUUGUUUUUCCCUCUAUUAGGAGAGGUGGAAUUUUUAAAAAAAUAAUAAUAAUGUGGGCAAUGGUGAAGCAGCAACAUCCCCAAGCUUGGAUAAUCCUUCACUUGAUGUAGACAUUCCAAUAAACAAGGUGAAACUAUAUUUAAGUCUUUCAUAGACUUAUUUCGUUUAUAUUAGACACUAAAGUAGUCUCCCAGCUUGAAUAUUUUCCAUACUUGCACUGUUUUAGACAUGUGGAAAUUGCUACAAUGCCAAAAGGAAAUAUUUCAUUUGUGUGUGUGCCUUAGGAAAUUCAGCAAUUUAAGGAGAUUUUAUUUUCAUGGAUUAGUUUCACAUACUGCAAGAAAUUACAGUUUGUUUAACCAUUAUUUAUUGAAUAAAAUACAACUAUCUGAGUUUACAUAACAUUCCAGGCCUGGUGUGAAUUAUACCACUUUCACUGAGAAGCAGAAACCAAUAAGAGAUAUGUCUAAAAAUAGAGAAUGAAAUUUUAAAAACUCACAAUCCAUUUAUAUGUCCAAAUUAUGAAUCUUUUAAAGUAUUCUGUAAAGGAUCUAUGUCACCUAAACAAUCGGCCUUUUUCGGUUUGAUGGUUUUGCAACUUCUGUUAAGGGAUCAGAAAAUUAAUGUGAUCUAUGAUCCUACCAAAAAGUUGGUAUUGUCCUUGUAAAAUC